CCCCAUCGAAAUAUGCCUAUUUAAAGGAAUCUAACCAGAUAACAAACAUUCUUACACUUGCCCUUUUCCGUCCAAUUUCAAAAUGGCACCCAAACGGAAACAGACAACCCCCGAAGAAGCCGCCCCCGUUGUCCGGAGGUCCGCCCGCCUCUCCAGCGCCGCCGUCGCUGCCGACCCAGAGCCACCCAAGAAGAAGCAAACCAAACCCAAAGCCGAAACCAAAACCAAAGCUGAAACCAAAGCCAAAGCCAAAGCCAAAGCCAAAGCCGAAACCAAGACUAAGGCUUCCAGCGAGGAAGAAGGUGGAGAGGCGGUGGAGAAAGCGGAAGGCGCGAAGACUAUCGUGAUAGAGCACUGCAAACAGUGCACACAGUUCAAGAGGAGGGCGAUGAAGGUGAAGGAGGAGCUUGAGAAGGAGGUCGCCGGAGUCAACGUGGUGGUCAACGGGGAGAAGCCGAGGAGGGGCUGCUUCGAGAUUCGUGAGGAAGGGGGAGAGGUCUUCGUCAGCUUGCUGGGCAUGAAGAGGCCCUUUCCGCCGCUCAAGGCACUCGACAUGGACAAGCUCAUCUCCGACAUUCUUCACAAGAUUCGAUGAUUCGGGUUAGCUCUACUUUUUUGGGAAUUGCUAUCUAAAUUGUAUUCUCUGCUUCCAAAACUUGCCCUGCAUCUCUUACUUGGAUUGGAUGAAUUCUAGUUUGCAGCAACUGAUUCCACAUUUCUAGCAUCCACUAAUAUUAGGAGUGCUUCUUUUGAACUAAAUUGGCUGUAAUCCUUUCAUCUGUUGCAGUUAAGAGAGAUUAUUAUCUUUAAAAUUGGAUUUGUGCUUUUCAAUCUCUGUUGUAUAAAGAUGGGAAAACAAAUUACAAAUACUAGUUUCAUAA